GCGUCGAAAGGUUCUGUCUUCGACUUUACGGUUAUUAGACGCACCAGCUCCGGUGCGAGAUUACACGAGAUUUUACGCGGUAGUGUAUUUUCAGAUUCAAUAUGGCUACAACUGCAGCCAAAUUUAACGAUAUAUACGAUCUCAAAGAGGAAUUGGGGAAAGGAGCAUUUUCCAUUGUAAAAAGAUGUGUUCAGAAAACAUCAGGUUUAGAAUUCGCUGCAAAAAUAAUCAACACACGAAAGCUUUCAGCACGAGAUCACCAAAAACUGGAACGGGAGGCCAGAAUCUGUAGGGCAUUAAAACAUCCAAACAUAGUUCGAUUACAUGACAGUAUACAAGACGAGGGUUUCCAUUAUUUAGUCUUUGACUUGGUUACAGGGGGGGAAUUAUUUGAAGACAUUGUCGCAAGGGAAUUCUACAGUGAAGCAGAUGCCAGCCAUUGUAUGCAGCAAAUUUUAGAAAGUGUAAAUUACUGUCACGUCCAUGGAAUAGUUCACAGAGAUUUAAAGCCAGAAAAUUUACUGCUAGCAAGUAAGGUAAAGGGGGCCGCCGUAAAGCUUGCUGAUUUUGGUUUAGCAAUAGAAGUCCAAGGAGAUCAGCAGGCAUGGUUUGGCUUUGCUGGAACACCGGGCUAUUUGUCCCCAGAGGUAAUAAGGAAGGAUCCCUAUGGGAAGCCAGUGGAUAUAUGGGCAUGUGGGGUAAUAUUAUACAUUUUACUGGUGGGUUAUCCCCCCUUCUGGGAUGAAGAUCAACCUCGUUUAUAUGCCCAAAUCAAAGCCGGGGCAUAUGAUUACCCUUCCCCAGAAUGGGACACAGUGACCCCUGAGGCCAAGAAUCUUAUCAACAGUAUGUUAACUGUGAACCCUGCUAAACGUAUCACUGCCACGGAGGCUCUCAAACAUCCCUGGAUCUGUCAACGUGAAAGAGUGGCAUCUGUCGUACACCGCCAGGAGACUGUGGACUGCCUCAAGAAGUUCAAUGCUCGCAGAAAGCUCAAGGGAGCCAUUCUUACCACCAUGUUGGCUACGAGAAAUUUUUCAAUGUGGAACAAAAACCCUGGCCGAAGUCUGAUUGUGAAAAAGAACGACGGCAUUAAGGAAUCCACGGACAGUCAAGCCACCAUUGAUGAUGAAGAUACUAGGGGAAAAGCUGACAUUGACAGGGCAAUAACUCUUACUGAGCUGCAGAUUCAAGAGCAGAGUGGAUGCUCUUCACCUAAGUCGCUGUGUAAAAAACAGGAAAUCAUCAAACUGACAGAACAGAUGAUUGCUGCAAUCACCAGCGGAAACUACGAAGAGUACACGAAAUAUGCAGACCCUGCUCUAACAUGCUUUGAGCCAGAAACCAUGGGAAAUAUGAUUGUUGGAAUGGACUUCCACAAAUUUUACUUUGAUCAUGUGUUUUCCAAGAACAACAAGCCAGUGAACACAAGCAUUCUAAAUCCCCUUGUUCACCUCCUGGGAGAUGAUGCAGCAUGCAUAGCUUAUGUAAAGCUGACACAGUACAUAGACAGGGAUGGAAUACCACAAACAAGGAAGGCUGAAGAAACUAGGGUUUGGCAGAGAAAGGAUGGGAAAUGGCAAAACAUUCACCUCCAUCGCUCAGAGCCAGCACCCCCUAACAAAUAGACACACAAAAUUAUUAGAGAUUUUUUCCAAUUGUAUGAUAGAGUGUGUGUUUGGACUUCAGUGUCCAUCAUUUCUGUUUUCCCCAUGGCAAAAAAUCACCAAAAUGCUUGAUUGUACCAAGCUAUAAACUGGGGUUACAAGAUUGAACACAACACUGAUUUAGGCGUCAUGAGCCUUGUUUCAGAUGCUCAGUACUGAACAUGUUUUAAGAUCUUCUUAACAAAGUUUUUUAACCAAUUUUUGAUGAUUGGUCACCAGUUUCCUAUCAUUUUUAUGCAUAGCAAUCACCUUGUGAUUUUUCUCCCCCCUUUUUCCAAUUCUCUUCUCUUUUUGAUGAUCUCUCGCAAUUGAAAUGUUACCAAAUUGGACUUGGCUUCUAUAACUGUCUGUAAAUGUUGGCCAAGGUUUUGGUCUUGGGUGUCAAGUUUUUAUCUACAGAGUAGUUGAACGAAAGGUCAGAACAUUCUCACACACUCCUAGAUUGUGAUGGAAUUUCUAACAGUUUGAAGAAGGGCAGUAGAAGAGGAUUUUCAGAUUGAACUCUUCUCAGUGUUUGUAUACAUAUCCAGUCGUUAUUGAGAGAGGCAAGAUGGAUGACAUUGGUUACCAACAUGAGAGUCGGCUCACCAUGAUGUGAUGUAACGUUUCACCACCAGAAUUUAAAAAUGAUGUAGAUUAGAAUUUAUGACUUUUUGCAUUAGAAAUUACACACAAUAAAAACAAACACAAUAUUAUUUUUGUAUUCCAAAAAGUCAAUGUUAUGUGGUAGCGGGAUUAUAAUUAAUACCCUUUAAUUAAAUACACUAUGUAUUAUUUUUUAUUCAGCUAGUGCAUCUAUUUCUCCUAAACUUUGUAACUGUAUUUCUGAAUCUUCUGAUUGUUGUGACAAGUCUUUUAACAGCUGGAAUAGCAGUAGGUUUUGAAAUUGCAUUAUAACAUAGUUUCAAGUUUAUUCAAGUUGUUGCUCUUUGUUGAUAUUUUUUUUUGUGUUGAGUAAUAUAUUCUUUUGGUUAGUAGCAUUAUGUUUAGAUAUGGCAUGUCAGUAGUGUUAUUGAAGAUGAGUAGAUAGAUGGGGAAUGUAAUGCACAGUGUUAUGAAUAUUCAUGAUUUGUGCCAUUUAUUUCAUUGUUGUUUCUUAAUAUUCUUAUUAAUUCAUUGCAGGGAAACACAUCCCACAAUCAUAUUUUUUUGGCAUAGAUAAUCUUCAAUUGCUUUGAAAAAGAUUGUCAAAUAAAAUGGUUGGUUCAAGAUUGAUAAAGACGGUCAAGAAGGGUUAUGAUGUCAUCGUGUUGAUGACAUCAGCACAGCUGUGUUGUGGAAUUUGAUGAAUUUAGCAGAGAAAAACCGGUGCAAUGAGAAGAGGUUUUUAUUAGCAAGAAUAGCUACCAUUACGUAAAAAGAAGGCUUAAUAAUUCCAGUAGUUUUAUAUCAUGAGCGGUAACUCUGCUCAUAUACUCUGGGGGACAAAUCACAAAAUCUGUGACAUUUUUCCUGACAGUGAGUGUUGUUGAUGAGAAAAACAAAAAAAGAAAAAGAGGGAUUUGUUGUCAUGAUUGUAGAGUUGUUCUUUCUUGUGAGUGGAUGCAUUCAGUCCAGCAUACAAAUAAAUAAUUUAGAUGUUUGGGGAUUAUUUUUUUUGCGUAGUGACUUGUUUCCGUUGGAGAAAGGAAUGUUUCCCUACUGACCAAAAUAGUUAUCAGUCCCCAUUUGUGGUUUAACAAAAUUGUGCAAUAUACAUGUUAGGCCUCAUAUUUUAUAUGUAUGAUAUUCAAUUUUUUGUUUUGUACUUCUGUAUUCAAGUGAUAUUAGUAUUUGUCCUAAGCUGUUAACUUGUAAAAUGGUGUGUACGUCAUGGAAAAACGAUUGACUGAUGUUUUUGGGUAUAAGUGUUCUGAAAAAAAAUACUGGUAACAUGUUUUUGAGAACAAAACGACAUGAAAACAAUUAAAAUGAGUAAAUUUGAGCUAAUCUAUCAAUGUUAACUUGUUGGUUGCAUGAAGAGAAUGUAGAUUUAAAUUGGCUUUUAUUUUGUUUCUAUCCCUACCCAAAUGUAUUUCAUAUGAGAAUUUUCCUAGAAAAUAUGUAGCUCAGUGUUGUUGAUUGGUACUGUCAAAAACUUUAUGUAUUUGCAAUGGAAAUUACAGCAAAACAUCUUCAACACUGCCAUUUGCUUCUGGUUUUAUAAUAAAUGCCAACUUAUCAAGCAACCAACCAAUCCUAAGAAUUUGAUACUAACAAAAUUGUUCCCUCAGUCAUUUUAUGCACCCAUUUGCAUGUUUAUAAUGUUUUAAAUAUUUUUCAUAUACUAGUGCAGAAAUUUUUUUUUCAUGGUGUGAUGUGGAUUAGGUUAUCUAACUUAUGUGUGACGAUUGUAUAUCAAUGGUAUUUACAGCAGCAUUCACUUGGUCGAAAAAUCUUCAUUCACAUAGAAUAACACUGGAGAAAGUGUGUUUCCUUGUAGGACGGAGGGUAGAUUGCUCACCAUUUGUCCAGACGACUUUUUCAGAUACAUAAUAAUAUACAUUGUUUUGCUAACUUUCUUUAUCAAUUUUACAUUCUUUUCAUUUCUUUGUUUAUCUUUUUUCCCCUUAUUUAGAAAUACUUUUUAAAAAGCUCUCUUAAAAUUGUGCUAUAGUUUUAUGAACAAAAUAGCGUCGCCCUUUUACACAGUACCCCUGAUAUUUAGAGGCUAUUUCCUUAAACUUUGAGAGAAUCUGUGAUUCUGUGGUAUUUUGUUUAUGUGAUGUUCACUUUUCAUUUAUUCUUUCCACUCAUACUAUCCCAUCAUUCCUGAAAACCUCGUAUAUGCUAGCACAUCCUAUCUUUGAAGUUUUCUCCCUGGGCUUUCUCUAUCUUAAUUAUGUACACAUUUAAUAAAAUAUUUAUUAUAUUUUCUUUUCAUAUUCAAGAUUAAAUGUGUUUAUGAAUCACUUUUUAUGAAUUUACAAAAAUUUGAAUGUAUUUUAUUGUAAAUGAGCUCUAUGAUGUAUAUUUCACUUACUAGACAUGUUGUACAACUUUUUUUCAAAUAAGACUUUAAUGUGACUAUGUAAUGUAGUGCUUUCAUCAUGUAAUUUUUGAAAUAAACAUUUCUUAAGACUU